GCAAAAUAUUGUUUUCUUGCUUCGAAAAAAAAUUCACGAAAGAGUCUUGGCGGCGUUUGAUGGCCUUUCUGAGUCUUGUUGGGCAUAUGUGAAGGCAUAAAAUGAAGCAGCUGUUCUAUUUUGGGCUUUUGAUGUUUUUUUCUUCCUCAGAGUGGCGUUUUGUAGACUGUAAGCCAGCCUUCACCAAGACACCUAGCAGCAAUGGCAAAGUCUAUGUGGAUAAAGGCACCAACCCAUUUGAUUUAUCGUGGGACUUCAACACAGACGGAGAAAUAGUCACUUGGGUGGAUCUGAUGUACAAAAAGAGUGGUUCUCCAGACGUAUUAAUCGCCAGAAAAAUUGGAAACCGACUCCAAGUCCCGAAAACCAGUAAUUAUUAUGGAAGAGUUACCGCUGGAAGCGGAAAAGCCACCUUUGUACUAUGGUACAUCGCUGAAAGCGACGAAAGGACAUUUGAAUGCAAGGUUUACUUCUCAUCAGUAUCCAACCCCUGGAUAAUGAGUGCUGUUAAGCUUAUAGUGGUUGUUAAACCGAAGAUCAGUCUUAGGACAACUCAAGCCGUCGUGCUGACAGAAGGAAACACCAGAACGUUGCUAUGUGUUGCCAGUGGCAACCCUAAACCAUCUUACACGUGGUAUAAAAACAACGUUAAGGUUCAGGAAGAUCCCAAAAACUCCAACUACACAUUAACAUCAGCCAACAGAUAUCAGACAGGCAUGUACCGAUGUGAAGCUGUUGUCACUGCCCCUGCACUGGGUCCAUAUAAGGCUGACUAUAACGUCAGUGUCACAGUAAGAUACAAGCCCCAACAUAAGGUUAACAGUUUGGAGCGCAACGAAACCGUUUAUUUGGGGCGCGAUGCUAUGUUUUAUUGUCGAACAGAAGCAUUUCCUAUUGCGAUCCAGUACAGCUGGUUUAAGGAUGGCUUCCAGAUAUCCAAUUCAAGGGAUUACACGAUUGAUAAUUUUGGUUUUGGUGAGAGCAGACUAACAGUGAAGCAAGUUACAAAAAGUAGCGUUGGACGAUACUCUUGCUAUGGAAAUAAUGACGUUGGAAAUGGGAAGAAGAAAUCCGUUUUCUUAACUGUCCACUAUGCUCCUCUUCAAAUAGCUUUGACACCAGAUCCAGCAGUUGUGAGACUCAAUCAAACUAUGAUCCUGACUUGCCAAGCAGAUGCUCUUCCAUUACCUCGAUACUCGUGGAUGUUCAACGGAAAAACUCUGACCAAAGCUGUUUAUAACACCUUAAAGCUAACCAAUGCACAAGUAAAUGAUGCAGGAAACUACACAUGCGUGGCAGAAAACUUUUAUGGACGGAAAAACACGACAAGAGUUGUUAAAGUAGAAUAUGCACCUGCCGUUCAAACAUUUACUACCGGAACUCAUAAAAACACUGUAAUUCAAGGAACAACAGUAGAGGUCACGUGCAGCGCAAAUGGUUACCCUGCGCCAACGUUCACCAUUAAAAGAGGAAAUGAAAUCGUUAACAGCACAGGAGGGAGAUUUGUAAUACGUAACAUACAGCUCAAGGAAGAGGAUGCCAUAUACACUUGUGAGCCAAGAAAUAUGAUAGGAACAGGUGCUAAGAGAGAAUUGAAGAUUACAGUGCAAGUUUCUCCGACAUUUUCUAGAAAAUUUCCAGAUUCCAAAAAGAACACGAAGGAAGGUGACAGAGUGUCUUACCUAUGUGUAGCUGAAGGCAAACCAGCACCAAACAUUACAUGGACUUUUAAAGGAAAGAAUCUUACCGAUGAACCACCUUUCGUUAUCCAAACCACAGUUCUGGUAUCGUCUGAUAAACUUAAGACGACUCAGUCAAGCCUUGCCAUCGAAAAAGUAACUUGGAGAGAAGGUGGUACUUUCUCCUGCCUCGCAUUUAAUGAUGCUGGUCAAAAGAUACAAUCCACAGAACUGGAAGUCGAGUAUCGACCAGUUGUUCAGUCUUUGGCGGAUCACCCCAAAAAUCUCACUGUGGACGAGGGAAAAAAUGCAACUUUUUUUUGUAGAACAAAGGGUUAUCCACCUACAAUUUCUCACAAGUGGCAGUUUAACGGUGCCACAAUUUCCGGAGCUAACUGCUCUGCGUGUCCAUCAAUGACUUUCACAAAAUAUGAAGUCAAUAAAACUGACUCAGGAUGGUAUUCCUGUUCUGGAAGUAACAAUUUGGGUGAAGGUCCUUAUGCAAGAGCUUAUCUAACAGUAAAGUAUCGUCCAACAAUUAUCUCCUUACGAGAAGUGUAUACAGUAAACGAGACCGGAAAUGUUUCGAUGUUGUGUCGAGCAGAUGGCUUGCCAAAACCUACAAUAAUCUGGAGAAAGAAAGGCAGCGGUGAGGUUCUUGCAAAUGGUGAACAGUUUCAUCUCCUUAAUGCCCAAAGCACUGAUGAUGGUUCGUAUUCUUGUACUGCAAGCAAUUACCUAGGAGAGGACACAAAAGAGGUCAUGUUGAAUGUUCAAACGCACCCAAAGAUCAAGAUCUCCAGCUCUGCAGACACAGUGAUACCUGGAAAUAAAGGAGACGUGGUGACCUUAAUUUGUACCUUCAGCGGCAAACCGCUUCCUCGUCCAUCAUGGAGAAGGCAACUUAAUGGGACGGAUCUGGGUGUGUUUAAUGGUUCUUACGUGAAAAACAUCUCUCAGAAGAACAACUCCUCUUUCCUGAACGUGAUUGUCAACAACACUGGUGAACAUUUUUAUUGUGUGGUUUCAAACCUUCUCGGAAGUGACAACUUGACAUAUACCAUACGAAGAAGAGGUGUUCCUGAUCCUCCGAGUGAUGUGAAACUUUCAGCUUUUAAGGUAGCUGAUGCUAAAACUGUGAGUGUGAAUGUCACCUGGACACCUGGAUAUAGUGGAGGAUACGAACAAAAAUUUUCAAUAUAUUUUCGCGUGAAAGGAAGCGACAGUGACUUUGUUGAGAAAUAUGUCGGACACUCAGAGGACAACUUGUACACCAUACAAGGACUUAAUCCUAAGACCGAGUAUGAAUUUAUUGUGCAGGCUUCCAAUAUAGCUGGCCUCAGUCAGAAGUCAACUUUAGUCAACGUUGUGACGCCAGAAUCCUCAAUACCAGCCAACAGAGGAAAAGUCAACGCAACAAGAAACCCAGAUGACGCCUCGCUGAUAUUGGUUGAGUGGACAAUAGAAGACAAAGUUGUCAGAAGAUUAAACCUUGAAAUCCAGGAGGGUGGGGAUGGUGACUGGAAGCCUGUUUCUGGAGCAAGUAACAUGAGUACCUCCAUAAAAAGAUUCACAGUAGGAGAUCUCAGGGUUGAGGAGGUAUACAGAUUCAGAAUGGACAUGAGAAGGCCAAGGGAGCAGAGACCUGUGUAUGUUUUUAGUGACGUUGGUACGUACGUAUCAUAG